UUUUUUUCCUUUUUCCUUGGCUACACUCACUGACUGUUUCCUGCCCUUGUUGGUAGCUACGGGUACGAGUGUGCUGCCUAGCGCUCUUUUUUAGUUUUUAUGACAAGCGUGCAUUUCUGUUCAGGUAAGUUUUAUUUUUAUUUUUUAAAUAUCAGAGCUGGGAUUUCAGGUCCUAUGAGGCCAGUGGUAGGUGUCUUGAGGUUGGUCACACGAUUCCGGAAAGGGGCCAAUAUGUUCAAUGGCGGUAGUGGGGUUUUACAGAAGGCUGAGGUGGGUGGAUUUUGAGCCUUUUCACUUAAUCCACUAUCACUAAUGGUUGCAUCUGGAACGAUUGAGAAUUUUUGAGAGAAGGGAUGGCGUUGAUGUUGGAGACACCAACCUUGAUUGGACUAAAAUGAAGUAGAUGUUGCAGAGAUCUGUUUUAUUUAGGGGAAAGUGGUGCAAUAUCUUUGUUUUAGUGCAAGAUCCAUUAUAUAUACCAAAGUGGGUGAUAGGAAGAAGCACUUUUUUAGCAGGAGUUCCAGUAUAAAAACCGUCUUGAGGGUAAAGAAGUUUCUGCAUUGUGAUAUACAGGAAUGGAGGCUCCAAUGAAGUUCAUCUGCCUUAUGGGAUUGCUUAUCAUUUUCAGCACGGCUUGGCCUGAAUCAGUUGAUGGGGCAAGCGCAUGUGGGAAAUCUACUCCAUACAUUGAGGCUUUCAAGCUUGCUCCUUGUGCAGCGGCGGCACAGGAUGAGGCAGCAGCUGUUUCGGACAAUUGCUGCCUCCAGGUGAAGAGAAUAGGCCAAAACCCAAGUUGUCUAUGUGCCAUCCUGCUUUCUGACGCUGCCAAAAGCUCAGGAAUCAAGCCUGAGGUUGCUAUCACCAUCCCCAAGCGCUGCAACAUUGCAAACCGUCCAGUCGGAUACAAGUGCGGACCCUACACAUUGCCUUGAUGGAACAUAAGGUGCUGAAGGCUAUGGGACAGAGGCAUAUAAAUAUAUAUAUAUAUAUAUAUACAAGGUACUUGAAAAGUCUGGUAGUUACUGGUGUAGCAAUGGCUCAUGUAGCUUUGGCUUUGUAAAUAUAGGUAAUAAAAAGCUAGCACCUUGUAAUAUUGUAUGCCUCGAUAUUAAAUAAUACUUUCAUAAUCAAUCAGUAUGAAAGUUAAGAGUUUCAAAUGGUUGUCUUCUGUUUAUGCUUUCUAGAGUUCUCUUUUAUUCCUAUAUUCUGAAACCAACCAAAGAAGCUGCUAGAAAGAUAGAGGCCGGAAGUUGAAAUAACAGAACAAGAAGCUUUUAGGCCCAUUCGAGACAGAGAUUCAUCAGAACAUCAAAAUCACUUGUAACUUUGCAAAGUUGUGGCCGAAGAAUCUUUGUCAGCAAACUAAAAUUUCUUCCAACGACCAGAACCUAACGACCACCGAAAAGGAUUAUCCCACCGUCACAUGGAUAAGGACUGCUUUAAUCGUUGGGUCACAUGUUGGAUAGGGAAUAACCUCGAACCAAAAUCUCAAG